AUGGGAGCUCCCCCAUCCAGCCCGCGCAAGAAGGUCACCAUCGGCACACUGAGAUCUCUGCACAAGAAAGGUGACCCCAUCACCAUGAUCACUGCCCACGACUUCCCCAGCGCCCACGUUGCCGACCACGCCGGCAUGGACGUCAUACUGGUUGGCGAUAGCCUCGCCAUGGUGGCAUUGGGGAUGGAGGACACGAGUGAGGUCCUUGUCGAAGAGAUGUUGCUGCACUGUCGUUCCGUUGCGAGAGCCACAACGACCGCUUUCACUGUUGGCGAUCUGCCGAUGGGGUCGUAUGAGAUCUCGCCAGAGCAGGCCCUCGCGACGGCAAUCCGCUUCAUCAAGGAUGGCCGCGUCCAGAGUGUCAAGCUCGAAGGCGGCAAGGAAAUGGCCCCAACCAUCCGGAAGAUCACCACCGCCGGCAUCCCAGUGCUAGGCCACGUCGGCUUGACGCCCCAGCGACAAAAUGCCCUCGGCGGGUUCCGCGUCCAGGGCAAGACCAAAGACGGCGCCCUCGGUGUUCUCGAAGAUGCACUUGCGGUCCAGGAGGCUGGCUGCUUCGCCGUAGUGCUGGAGGCUGUCCCUGCCGAGGUCGCCGAGCUCAUCACGCAAAAGCUGUCCAUUCCGACCAUCGGCAUCGGUGCCGGCGCGGGCUGCUCCGGCCAGGUACUCGUUCAGACCGACAUGGCUGGCAACUUCCCUCCUGGCAGGUUCCUCCCCAAAUUCGUCAAGAAGUACGGCGACGUCUGGGGCGAGUCAAAGAGGGCCAUCGAAGCAUACCGCGACGAAGUCAAGAGCCGGCAGUAUCCGGCGCCCGAGCAUACCUAUCCGAUUCCCGAGGGAGAGCUGGAGGCGUUUUCUAAAGCUGUCAAGGAGAUGUAG